CUAAGAGCUCCAAGCGGCCACAAUAUCCUGAGCCCUCCGCCCGUCGUUCAUUCAUCCAUUCAUCUUAUUCGUUCUUUUAACCCUACUUGCAAGCCAAGAUGAUGUUUAUUUUCCGCUCGACCUUCAUCACCGCCGUCUCAGCGUUCGUAAUGGCGCUUUGCCUGUUUUCGAUGUCUGCUUCUGCUGCACCCCAAUUCGGCCGUCCCAUGUUACAUGCAUUGGAUGAAGUCACAGUGUCUUCUGGGACCGCUGAGCCAGUCCCGACGUCAGCAGUCACAAGCACGGGCACAGACCCGGAACCUGAUCCUCAGGUCAUUGAAGCAGCCACUCCACCCGCGUCAAGUGCAUCUCUGACGGCGCCGGCUGCCGUCAAUACCAGUACGAACGGCGCGUCGAAGAGUUUGUGUGGUGGUAUGAGCGUUGUGCUGGGUGUUGCUGUGAGUGGGGUGUGGUUGAUGCUCUGAAUUGUCGAGCUACGGCACCGCAGCUGUUAGUGUUGGUGUUGAGCUGCACUCUGAUCCUGAUCCUGAUUCAUCUCAUAUGUGAGACGUUAUUUAUUUCUGACCCCUGGUCAUGCUAUCUCUGCUUUGUUUUUCGUUUCUUUGCUGUCCUUGUUAUCGGAUGUCUCUGUCGCUAUAUAGACUUUAGCCUGGAUC